UGAAUUGGUCACUCGGGGCCUUGUUCAGUGUAUUCCUUAAAGAAAUCUGCAUUGGGUAUAUGCACUGACGGAGAAAAAAAAUUUGCAUUUGUCAAAAAGUAUUGAUAUAGUUAACACCAACCAAAUAACAGCACAAAUAACAAAUAUUAGCUCAGUCUGCUGCGUUACAGUUUUGUUGAUUUAUCUGUGUUUUAAUAAUGAAAAUAUUGUAACUUUGUGGUACAUUAACAUACUUUUCAAGAUGACACUAUUAAUAGUGUUGAUAUGUACUUUUGAUUCAUGCAAAUUGUUUUACAUGUAAGACGAAGAUAAAGACGGCACAGACUGGAAUGUACCCUAAUCAGCCUGGAGAAUGAGAAAAUGGAACUAUCAGGAGGCCCUGGCACAGUUUUUUUUACUAGUCCUGUACAGUCAAAUGCACCUGAAGAACAUCUCUAGAGAGAAAAGCCCAAGUGUUAAGGAAAUACAAAAAUCCAAGCUUUAAGCUGCAGAGUCCCCUUAAUGUUCAGUUCCUGAGCUCCAAUGCAUUAGAAUUAGGAGUUGAUGCUGGUGGCCCAACAACAGCCUACUUCUUCUAUCUAAUGCAGGAUUUAAUGAGAGGUAGUUUCAAUGGCAUGAAGGUGACUCGACCCAGUUUUUUUGGGGGGGUACCAUCCCACUUUGAAGCUCUCUGGUAUCCCCACCUUUACUUUUAUCGUAAGUCUAACACAUCGAAUGGAUAACAUAUAGAUCAAUGUACAAUAUAACACAAAAUUUUUGGCGAUCGGAGUAAAUGUCACGUGCUUAUAAUGCCACGCCCCUUUGAGGUCUGAGUCGAAAAUCUGCUGUUACACAUAGUGCGCAUUAGUGCCUUCCGCUGAACAGAGUUUCACCAAAAUUGCAAAGACCCAAUUCGAGAAAUUCAGCGGUUUCCAAAUUUAGGUCAACAUUUAUGCGAAAAUGAUAAGCAAACUUUACACGAUUAUAUCUAAUAAACUAUGAGAUUCAUCCCUUUAUUUUGGGCAUGGUUAUAACAGAUGGGUCCUUGCAAGUCAGCAAAACGCUUUAGGGCCUUGUAAAUGCGCGUGAUUUCGAGCAAAGAAAACAUAUAGAAAUUAUAGUUUUUGCUAUUUGUUGACGUUUGUCAGAGUUUAAGAGUCCUUCUCACAAAAAAAGCAUUUUCUUAAAAAUUCGUAGUUUUUUUUCCUUCAAGUUUUUUCAGGGCCACAAUUGAUUAACUAACUACCCGGACUCUGAAUUUCAUGGUCAUUGAAAAACUGUGACAUUAUCUUCUUGGUGAGCAUUCCGAAGUCAGCCAAGCGCAGUCAUUGCACGAGUGCUGAACAAGAAUGCUGUAUAAUGACAGACUAGAAACAAUAGACAACUCCCAAAGCACAAACUCAGCCAAAACGCUAAAAAUCUUCAAUGUUUACUCAAGUUUGGGCUUAUAGAAGGUUUGUUACUCAAGGUGAUUUUUUCAUGCCUUAUUACUAUUUUACUCUUAAGCUUGUGCACUGUAGUGACCAGGAGCUGGGCAAAUUCCCUUUGGAUGGCGACUUCAACAUCACAGACAUCCUUGUUUCAGCUGGGUUUCCUCAUAUUGAAGCAACCCCCUCAAACCGGUUAUUGGCCUAUGAAUGUGUGUUAACAUAUGAGGUUAUCACUAGGCGUAUUACUGUACUGGAUGAUCUCAGGAAGAGGUUGGAUUCAGUACGUGUGAUGGGCACAGGUGUGAUUGACCUUCUCCAGCGACACUCUCAAGUGCAACAGCUGGUCUUUCCAGUUGCCAAAAGCACUACCGAAGUAUCAGAACUAAGAUUACUACUCAAGUAUGACCCAACAGAUGAGAGCACGUCAAAAGUUGCAGAGUUCUUUGAGAAAUUGGAUGAGCUCAGUACUAGAGGUACCAUAAUUGUCCUUGAGGUCUUCCUUCAACAUUAAAAAAAUAUUAAAAAAUGUGGUCUCUCUGUACACUUAAGUUAAUUAAGGUGCCUAAAUCAAUUAUUCAAAGUGAUGUUUGUCUAGAAUCAGCAUUGAGAACAUUUCACGGAAGAAGAUGCCUGCAAAGUAUUCAGUAACUCCCACCUUAAACAAAGCGCCCUCACCUGGAAGAUAACAUUGGGGUGUUUGAUUUUAGGAGGGAUGGAUAGGGUAGAAAAAUGAAACGAUUACCGGUAAUUCAUUCAAGAAUGAACAAGGGAAAUUCUUGGGAGGAAAGUACUAGUAUAUUUUACAUUUAGAUAAGCAUGACAAGAAAUGUUUUUGUUUUUACGUUGGUAUUUCUGGUGAAGAAGAAACACUUGAAGGGCUGUUGCAAUUUUGGACUGGUUGGCCCUCUCUUCCAACACAGGAAUCCAGCCUAUGGAAUCAUAUGCGAUGA